AUGUCAGAUGGAGAUGAUUUGGCAUCUCAUAUUGAUUAUUUUAAUCAAUUAUUGAAUGACUUACUUCACAUGGAAGUAGAUUUUUCUAAUGAGAACAAAGUUAUUGUUUUACUUGUUUCUUUUCUUGAUUCAUAUGAUCAUUUUGUUACGACUUUGUUGUAUGGUAAUAUAACACUCGUUCUUGAAGAUGUUAUUGACUCAUUGAUGAAGUAUUAUCUUCAUAAGAAGGAUGUUGGUGAAGCUCGUGGUGAAGGUUUAUAUGUGAAGGGUGAAAGAGAACGUGGAUGGUAG